AUGAAGUCGACCUUCGGAUUGCUCGCUCUGGCAGCAGCAGCUAAACUUGUCAGCGCCCACGCCACUGUCUACGCCGUCUGGAUCAACGACGUGGACCAGGGCACGGGAAACUCCGCUGACGGAUACAUUCGCAGUCCCCCCAACAACAGCCCUCUCCUCGAUGUCACCUCCCCCGACAUGACCUGCAACGUCAACGGCAAGAAUCCAGUCGCCAAGACCCUCUCCAUCAAGGCCGGUGACAAGGUCACCUUCGAGUGGCACCACGAUUCUCGUUCUGCCUCCGACGAUAUCAUCGCCUCCUCUCAUCAUGGUCCCGUCAUGGUCUACAYGGCUCCCACCGAGAAGGGCACUGCUGGCAACGGUUGGGUCAAGAUCGCUGAGGAGGGCUACUCGAACGGCAAAUGGGCGGUUGAUAAUCUAAUCGCCAACAAGGGCAAGCACUCGAUUACCGUUCCCGACGUCCCCGCCGGCGAGUACCUGUUGCGUCCUGAGAUCAUUGCCCUGCAUGAGGGUGACCGCAAGGGUGGCGCUCAGUUCUACAUGGAGUGUGUGCAGGUCAAGGUCACCUCUGCCGGCACCAAGGCCCUUCCUGAGGGUGUUUCCAUCCCCGGUGCCUACAAGGCCACCGACCCCGGCGUUCUCUUCGACAUCUACAACUCCAACUCCUCCACCAGCUACCCCAUUCCUGGCCCUGCUGUCUGGGACGGCUCUUCCUCCGACUAUUCUAGCUCCUCUGGCACUACUAAGACUGCCCCCGAUGCGGCCGUAACCUCCACUACCACCAAGCAGGGAGCCGCCACAACAGUCACUCCCACCACCUUGGUUACUGCCGCCAAGCCCACCACCACUGCUGCUCCUCCCGCCAGCACCGACUCCAGCUCCGGCUCCAACACUGGCUCCAACUCUGGCUGCAGCUCCGGUUCCAGCUCCUCCAGCUCCGGAAGCGCCAACGGCUCCGUCAAGAUCUACCAGCAGUGCGGAGGCCAGAACUACUCCGGCGCCACAAGCUGCGAGGCUGGUCUCGUCUGCAAGCAGUGGAACCCUUUCUACCACCAGUGCAUCCAGGCUUAA